AUGGCGCCUAGUUUACGCGAGUUGGAAAAGCAGCAGAGUCACCUUCGGAGAACCCUCGAAGCCAUUCAGCAGUUUGUGAAUCAGUACGAUGCAACGAGAGAUGCUGACCAGAUCGACGUCCGUCUUGAACGCUUGGACGAGACGUUCAACGAGUUCCGUUCUGUGCGAAUCAAGAUUGAGCUGCUGACCGAAGAAGAUGACUUUGAUGUAGAAGUGAUGGAAGGUGAGACAGAAGAAGAUCGUGCGAAAAGGGAGGCUGAUGCGAAGAAGAAGCGGAAGGAGAAAAACUUGAAGGUGCUGAUGGAAGCUGAAGAUUUCUACUGUGCUGUGAAGGCGAAGCUGUACAAGAAGCGCGGUCCGCUAGAGACCGUCCCACCGGUCCCUGUGCCAUCUGCUGUUGAUGCGAGGCCUGCUGUUGGUCUGUCUCAUGUCAAACUUCCGGACAUCAAUCUACCGAUUUACACUGGUGAGCUAAGUGAGUGGAUCGUUUUCCGUGACACGUUUCGUAGCUUGAUUCACAACAACUCCCAGCUGUCGGAUUUUGACAAGUUCACGUAUCUACGUUCGUCGCUGCUCGGUGAAGCGCUUCUGGAGAUCGCUGGCAUCGACGUUUCAGCCGUUAACUACGAUGUGGCCUGGACAACCCUGGAGCAACGAUACGACAACAAGAAGCUGAUCGUCAAGGCUCAUUUAGAUGCGUUGAUUGCAGUCGAACCUAUGAAACGGGAGAGCUACGCGGCACUUAAUCAGCUCAUCGGAUCGUUCGACAAGCACCUGAUGAUGCUGAAGAAGAUUGGGCAGGACACGGAUAUCUGGAGUACUCUGCUGGUACACAUGGUGUGCUCGCGCUUAGAUGGCAACACGCUGCGUCUUUGGGAAACUCAUCAUAAAUCCAAAGAUGUUCCGAAGUUUGAUGAUCUGAUGAAGUACUUGCGCGGUCAUUGCUUAGUACUGCAGUCGGUUGCGCCAUCCAAGCCCACUGCUGAAGAGGAGAAACAACGACGUCCGUCAGUGAGUCAUGUGGUGACUCAGUCGGUGAACAAGUGCCCAUUCUGUGAUGAACUGUUCCAUUCACCUUUUCACUGUCUGCUGUUCUUGAAGAAAACUGUCGAUGAAAGAAUGGAAGCUGCUAGGAGACGGAAUCUGUGCCUGAACUGCUUGCGUGCUGGACACUCAACUCGUUCCUGCACAAGAGGAUCGUGUCAUCACUGUCAUCAGUACCAUCACUCACUGUUGCACAUCAACGCUGUACGAGAGAGACCCUCCGCCUCGCAAGCACUGACCAGACCAACACCUGAGCAGCAGCAGUAUCAACAACAGCAGCCGCAGUAUCAGUCAAUGGGCCAGCAGCAACCACAAAUCCAACCUCCAAUACAGAACCAGUCUUCAAACACUGCUCAGUCGAACACACACUCACAGAACACUCAGCAACUGUCCACCACAGAUCCAUGCACAAGCCACAACACUACAACACUGUCAAUCAGUUCCCACAACCGUAAAAAUGAAAUUUUACUCUCAACCGUUCAAAUUUGCAUCCGUGAUCUGCGCGGAAACACACGCCUAGUUAGAGCGCUGCUCGACUCGUGUUCGCAAUAUUCGUUUAUGUCCUCCGCAUGCUGCAAGAAGCUUGAUCUUCGUUGCACUCCAGAUUACCUGACCGUACUCGGAAUUGGCGGGUCGUCUGUCGUCUCACGGCAGCUUGUAUCAGCGAACGUACAACCCCGUUCGUCCGCUCUGCCGCAGUUUAACCGCGAGAUGGAUUUCUACGUGCUUCCUGAGCUGACAUCCGCUUUGCCGAACCAGAACAUCGACACUACUGCGUGGGAGUUUCCGAACAACAUCAUCCUAGCUGACCCACACUUCAACGAACCUGGAGAAGUGGAGCUGAUAAUCGGUGCUGAACACUAUUUCGAUCUCUUACGAGAUGGUCGAUCACGCAUCGCCGAGGAUGGCCCUGUCGUCCCAGCGCCAAUAGCGCUCGAGGUUAGUUGGCCUCCCCAAGGACAUCCGUCAAAGCCCCAGACAGUCAACACAACACCGUUGUCGAGAAGCAGUCAGUUCCUGAAAACAUCAUUCGCGGCUCGUGGCCGCAACCGUUUCAUCUGGCUACAACUGUGGCCAAGCCAAGCUGUCGCCGUAUGUUGCAGUACAAGCUGCAUCUGUCUGUUUCUGCUGCGCCGGUACAAGCUGUUCAUACGAGUGGCCAUCGUUCGAGGAUCCAGCACUAAAGCACUCGGGGUGGCGCUGUCGCAAUCGGACGGGUUGGACUGCCGCCCUAAGAAGCCCAACGUUAACCCAAAUCCCUCUCCAAAUUCCCUGCACAAAACCGAUCACAAUAAACUGCUCCAGUAUCAGUCGCAAUUAGACACCGUCGAGAACACAACCGUCGCGUAA